AUGUCCAUUGCACCGGCUGCUUCUUCAAGUAUUGUAUUUUGUUAUCUUGUUCACUAUUCUUUUUAUUUCAUCAUGGCUGAGAAGUGAAACGUGAGGGGGUUGUUGAUAAAUUAUGUGAUUACUUGUUAAAUCAUAAAUCCUUUUGUAAUAAUGUAUCAUCAAAUAAUUUUUAAACCCUGGUGGAGCAGGCAGAUAGCAUCAACUAGUAUCUUAAAACUGGCUUGUCGGCCUCUGUUGCACAGUUUUCCAGUCAUUCAAGCCACAUGUCCAAGAUGUUACUCAACGCCUUCUCGCCGUCCCAACUUCUUUUCUCAGUUUAUAGAAAACAUCAAACAAGAAAUGGCGAAAAACAAAGAAAUGAAGGAGAGUUUGAAGAAGUUUCGGGAGGAGGCUCAAAGAUUAGAACAUUCAGAAGCAUUACAGAAAGCCAGACAAAAAUACCAAGCAGUUGAAUCUGAAGCAUCCAAAACCUCUGAAGUUUUUAAAGAAGGUUUAGGUUCAAUAAAAGACAAAGUUCAAGAAACACUUGAUGAGGUUGGAAAAACUGAUAUUGCUAAAAAAGCAGGACAAAUUCGGGAAGAGUUGGGAAAGUCAGCUAGAGGAGCUGCUGAGACAAUAUCAGAAAGUGGACAAAAAAUAGGAAAGUCAGGUGCCUUUCAAACAAUCAGCCAAACGGCAGCUGCUGUCAAACAAGAGCUGGACACUACAGGAAUGCAUGCUCAUGUCUAUAGAGCUCCAGAGAAGCUGCGUAAACGAGUCGACACAGAUACAGUGCAAGAUUUCAAAACUGUGCAAGCAAACACAGAAGCAAUGGGUGUGGAGCUCCACAAGGACUCGAAAUUUUAUGAAAGUUGGCAAAAUUUCAAAGAUAACAAUCCCUAUGUGAACAAAGUGCUGGAUUGGAAAAUAAAAUACGAUGAGAGUGACAAUCCUGUUAUCAGAGCAACUCGUUUGUUUACAGAUAAAGUGUCCGAUGUUAUGGGUGGGCUUUUCCAGAAAACAGAGCUUUCAGAAACAUUAACAGAAAUUUGUAAAUUAGAUCCUAAUUUUGAUAAAGUUCAAUUUUUACGUGAGUGUGAAUCAGAUAUAAUACCUAAUAUUUUAGAAUCAAUGAUCAGGGGUGACUUAGAAAUAUUAAAAUCGUGGUGUCAUGACGGACCUUAUAAUCUGCUCUCGACUCCAAUCAAGCAAGCACAACAGUUGGGGUACCGGUUUUCUUCAAAAGUGUUAGAUAUUGACAAUGUUGAUAUAACAAUGGGAAAAGUAAUGGACCAAGGACCAAUAUUAGUGAUAACGUUCACUUCUCAACAAAUCCUUUGUGUCAAAGAUGCCAAGGGAACUGUUGUUGAGGGUGAUCCUGAAAAAGUCUUGAGAGUCAACUACGUAUGGGUUUUAUGUAGAGACAAGACAGAAUUAAAUCCCAAAGCAGCAUGGAGGCUACUGGAUCUAUCAGCACAAAGUACUGAACAGUUGGUAUAAUUUGUAUUGUACAAACAAUUUUACGUAAUAUCUUUGUUUUAGAAGAUCGACCGAUAUUUGGUAAAAAAUUAUAUUGAUUAAAAAUCUCAAAAUAAUGCUGCUUUAUUUAAAAUUGUAUAGUAUAUGUGAGAAAUAUAUAAAAUCAAUUGUUGACAA